GCGGGCUUCGGGAUGGGACUUCGGGCCUGAAAUAGGAAUAGGAGUGAGUGGGAACGGCAGACCCUCUUCCUGAGAAAGCGGAGUCCCCAUUCAGGUGCCGCAGGUGGUCAUCUGCCUCAUGGAAGUAAAGCCAGUGGGGCGUUUCUGUCCUGGCAUCUCUUGAGUGGGAGCAACCCUUGGACGCGUCCAGUGUUGGAGGUGAUAUCCCCAUCAGCUGCAGAUGCACAGAGCCUGCAUCUACCCCUGUUACACACGGAUGAGGCACGGCCUCGCAUGUGCAGGCUGCAAUCUCGUCGCGCCAGCAGGAGCAUCCCAGGAGCAAAUCCAGCUCCAGAGGGCCAGAAGGCAGCGGCAUUGAAGUGCCACACGCCCCCCGACUCCUUAUUUUACGACCCGGCCUGAUGCGUGCAAACCUGUGUGUCAUUUCUGUGCCCCCCCGCAGCUGUAAAACUCCGCACGAGAGCAUCUGAAAGGAGUCCCACCGAGGUAGCAGCUCCAGGACACCUAAAUCUUUCAGAGAAAGAGAAUUUAUUGCCCCAUUGUCAGAAGAAACGAACUUCUUCCUGCCUCUCUCAGCCGUGAAGAUGCCAUUAGGAAUAUGAGGAAGACGUUGAGGAGGACCAGACAGAAUCCUUUGUUUGAAUGGAAUUUAUGCAUCAUGUAGGAAGUGUAUGAGUCUUGGAUGUAGGAAAUAUGAAUGACUGGCAGAGAAAAAGCCCUCUAGACUGGGAAACGUAUGUGAACAAAUUGGUGAAAGUUGUUGCAGUUGAGAAACAUGAAUAUGAAGGAUGGGUUUUAACAGUUGACCCAGUUUCUGCCACUAUUGUCCUGGCAACAUUCCCAGAGAACGAGAAAGGGUUCCUAUCAUUUGUCAUGGGCCACGCUGUCCAAGAGGUGGAGAUCCUGCAAGAAGGGGACAGUGACAUGAAGCAGCGCCUCGCUUGCAUCCUUGCGCCCGAGGAAAGCCAAGCCUACAGCGCGGAGGAGCUGGAGAAGAGGAAGAACGCCUUGAAGACUUGGCUGGAGACAAACCACAUCCCCGUGGGCGAGCAGGGGGAGCUGGGCAGGACGCUGAGCGUGGCGGGGGUGCUGAGCAUCGAGCCCCCAUACGGCCCCGAGCAGUGCAGCAGCACCAAUGAGAUCAUCCUGGCCCGCGUGCAGGGCCUGCUGCAGGGCUACCUGCAACAGCAGCGCUGAGCGAGGGCUCCUGCUGAGCCCUUGGGACUCUAGGAGCUCUCCUGGUUUAGGAACCGUCCUGUUCUAGGAACUCUCCUGGGUGUCAGUAGUCACUAUUUGCAGAAAUGCUGUGUUUUGGGUACUUUUGUCUUGACUUUUUUGUAUGUAAAGGAAGGAAUAAAGAAGAAUAAACUCAAAGCACAA